GUCAGCGUGGCGGCCAGUCUCGGCUCCGAGCAGCCUCCAAUUAUUCGCUGUCAAUCACACGCGCGCACGCACACACGCACACACACAUACACACACACACACACACACACACACACACACACACACACACACACACACACACACACACACACACACACACACACACACACAUAUGUAUUUCUAUGGGCGCAUGGAUUGGAUUUGUGCGCACGGACUAAUCAUUUUACGCGCUAAUUUUACAAUGAUGGAACAUAAUAAUAUGCCUCUUGUUCGUAUCGCUUCACUUCACUGCUUGUGUGUCCUUAAAAGGCAGCACCCAUAAAUCACGAGAAUAACGCUGAUAAUGAACCAUGAAUUUGGGAGGUGUGUGUGUAUGUGGGGUGAUUUCCUGUUCUUGAUAUGCAUAUUUUUGACUUCUGAGUGACGGCGUAUGGUUCACCAACUGGUUUCCAGAGGCGAGGCCUAUAUGCGCCCAUCCCCGGUGGCACCGAGAGAGAGAGAGAGAGGCGCCAUUCGUAUGCAAAACCGCGGUGUUUGAUUGCUCUGUCCGCGAGACAAAAAGCCCUGUUUUCACAAGAGGAAUGCCCUGCUACUAAUUAAAGACAAUUAGGCGCUGGCAACAAUGGAGGCCAAUUUCGGGGUCAUAAAUCGACUCCUCCUGUGUUUGUUUAAGAGGUGCUGAAAACUCUUGUUUAUUUACAUAAUAACAGCGGAAUGCAAAAAGAUCAACACCUAACCAGUAGAGUCCGGGGGGCGAGAGGCUCACUCCGCCACAUUUUUGGAAGUGGGCGUGAAAUGUUAAACGUGCACUCAAAAAGUCUUGAAAACGUCUGAAGAAAUAUUGUUUAUAUAUUUAAUGAAGGCGAUUUGCAUAGACGUUUAAUUCUAAUAAGUAAUAGGUUGUAAUGCCAUAUAUUGUGCCGGAAUAAUUCCCCCCCUGUCAGAUGUCUGUUUUUAGGCUUAUAUAACAGAAGCUAAAAAAAGAAGAAGCAGCAGAUCAUCAGAGGGACCGAUUGCUCAUUUAGUGUGAGCUUCACGAGAGAAGGAGCUCUAGAAAGUACACCGCUGAUUGAUAAGUCUUUUAGUUUUUUCGGAGCAGGAAAAAAAAAAUGGAAAUUGAAAAAAAGGAGAGCAAGAGCAAGAGAUGCGGCGAGCCAAUUGUGGCAGGGCUGUUUGUGAUUGGCUCCGACCGAGGCCCCGCCCCCAUACGGCUUGAUAUGGGAAUUUACUGGCGCCAGCCGCAUCAGUCUGCGCCACAUCUCAUUAAUGAGCCCGAGCGCUGCGUGGAGAAGAGAGGUUUACACAAGCUGUGUGUGUGUGUGUUCGCAGUCAGCUGAUCGGGACCGCAACAGGUCAAACGGAGGAGAAAAAGAAACCGGUUAUAUUGAAGGAUUCUAUUUCUGAACUAAAUAAGCACAGCCAGAGUUAUUUUCCACAGCUCAGGAAACUAUUCGUCGCGAGGAGGAUUUAACGUGGAGAUAAACAAUAGAGCAUUAUAUUUAAAAAAAGUAGCCCGACGCGCAGAGGAGAGAAGGACCAUGGAGGUCGCAGCGGCGGAUCAGUCGCGGUGGAUGGCGCAUCAUCACGCGGUGCUGAACGGCCAGCACCCGGACUCUCACCACCACAGUCUGAGCCACAACUACAUGGAGCCCAUGGCGCCUUUACUGCCCCAGGACGAGGUUGACAUGUUUCUGAACCACUUGGACUCUCAAGGGAACCCCUACUACGCCAACUCCCGGGCAAGGGUCACGUACAGCCAAGCGCACGCUCGUCUCGCUGGGAACCAGGUCUGUCGACCACACCUUAUUCACAGCCCCGGUAUUCCCUGGCUGGACCCCGGGAAAGCUGCCCUUUCCGCUGCCCACCACCACAACGCAUGGGCGGUCAGCCACUUCAGUAAACCCGGCCUGCACCCCGCUAGCUCCGGCUACCCUUGCAGCAGCAACAGCACCGGCACCGCGCCGGUCUCGUCGCUCACGGUGUCCCACUCCAACACGCACCUCUACAGUUUCCCCCCGACCCCUCCGAAAGACGUGUCCCCGGACCCGGGCCCUACCUCUCCGACCUCCAGCUUGACCCGAAUGGACGAGAAGGAGUCCCUCAAGUACCAAGUGCAGCUGGCGGACAGCAUGAAGAUGGAGAGCUGCAGUCCUCUGCGCAGCGGCCUGGCCUCCAUGAACGCGCAGGGCCAGGCCACGCAUCACCCGAUCCCGACCUACCCGGGCUACCCUCUGCACACACCCCACGAGUACAGCGGCAGCCUCUUCCACCCCGGCAGCCUGCUAGGCGGGUCCUCCUCCAGCUUCACGCCCAAAUGCAAGAGCAAGGCUCGGUCGACCUCAGAACUCUACCCAGAGGGACGUGAAUGCGUGAACUGCGGUGCCACCUCCACCCCUCUGUGGCGGAGAGACGGCACCGGCCACUACCUGUGCAACGCCUGCGGACUGUACCACAAGAUGAACGGCCAGAACCGGCCGCUCAUCAAGCCCAAACGUAGACUGUCCGCCGCGAGACGUGCGGGCACCUGCUGCGCCAACUGCCAGACCACCAUCACCACCCUGUGGAGGCGCAACGGGAACGGAGACCCGGUGUGUAACGCCUGCGGCCUUUACUAUAAACUGCACAAUGUCAACAGACCCAUGACCAUGAAGAAAGAAGGCAUCCAGACGCGCAACCGCAAGAUGUCCAGCAAGUCCAAGAGGAACAAGCGGGCGGGCGACGGCUUCGACGAGCUGUCCAAGUGCAUGCAGGACAAGGUUUCUCCCUUCGGCGGCGGCGGGCCGGGCCUCGGCGGCCACAUGGCCCACAUGGGUCACCUGCCCCCCUUCAGCCACACGGGCCACAUGCUGCCCACGCCCACGCCCAUCCACCCGUCAUUCGGUCACCCCCACCACUCCAAUCGCUCGCCGGUCUGGGCCGAUCCCCUGAGUCACUGAGGCCCUCCUCUCCGGACCCCCACCCCCCCCUUAAAAAACCCCUCCUCAGGCCUGUAGGAGCCACCACCACCACCACCACCACGUCGACCAUUAACACUAAAUGGCCUCCCCGCGUCACCACGCGCCGUAAGCUGAGCAGACUUGUUGCAACGGGUCGGAGGCGGAGAGACUUUCAGUCGGACUUAACGACCCGUAAAUGUGGCGUCAUCGUUCCUGAGCUCGCCGACGGGACGCGUGGGCUUUACAGCGAACUGUUCUGGAGGAGCUAAUGCGACGAGGGGUUCCUCUCGGUCCCGCGGUGGCUGACUGACGCGUGCGGGAAUGAAGUGAAUAGGAGACGCUUGUCAUUCUUUUUUUUGCUUAUUUUUACUAAGUCACUUUUGGUACCCGCCUCUCCCACGAACCCUGUAACGGGAGAACUCACGAGAGGUCCCCGAAAAAGAGAACGCUGUUCCCCCCGCCCCCCCCCCCCCUCGCGGCCAUCUCAUUAUAUACUGAGAUACGUACACCCAGUCCCCCCCCUC